AUGGAUAAAAAUUAAAGUGAAAAUUUUAUAUCCAAUAAUAUUAGCUAAGCAUCAAAUCCUUCGAAGUUAUAGGAAGCAAGAUUUAGAAAAGCUAUGUAAAACAGAGUUUAAAAUCUUGCUUUGUCUAAUGUAAUAGGUUUGACAUCUAAUAGUAAACACAAUAUGCUAAUAAAUCCUGUAAGUGGAGAGCUUUAUUAUAUUGCAGGAAGUACUAUUGUAGUUUAUAAUAUUGAAUAAAAUGUUUAAAAGAAGUAUAUACAAUCUCCAAAUAAAAGAAAUAUAGUGUGUAUUUGCCUUUCUAAAGAUUGUAGGUAUUUAGCAGCAGGAGAGGGUACAAGUAAGUAGCCUGAAAUUAUAAUAUGGGAUUUACAAUAAGUCUUCUCAAGCAAUAGUCAAGAAGGUGAUAAACCUAUAAAAUAACUUAAAGGUCAUAAAAUAGGUUUAAAAAUGUUAUUUUUUUCUCCAAAUAUGAAGUAUUUAUUAUCAAUUGGAGAUGAGAAUGAUAAAGGUUUGUUUGUAUGGGAUUGGAUAGCUGAAGAAAGAAUUACUUUAAAUAAAAUGUCAAAAGUACCUUUAUCUGCUUGUUUUUCUGAAGAUGGUACUAAGUUUAUCACAUGUGGAGAAAAGUACAUAAAACUAUGGUAGUUUCAUAGUAAUGGGGAUGUUAUAAAAACACCAGUUAAAGAAAAAGAAAAUGCAUACAUCAUAGAGGGAAAAUCUAUAAAUUUAGGAUCUAAAAUGCAAGAAAAGACAUUUACUGACUGUGAAUAUGAUAAGUAAAGCAAGUACUUAUAUGUAAGUACUUCAACUGGCCAGAUAUGUAUAGUGGAUGAAAGCAGAACAAUACAUAAGUUCAUGGAUAUUAAAGUUUAAAGAAUUUUUAAUAUAGCAAUAGGAAAGGAUUUUAUAAUUUGUUCUUGCUCAGAUAAUUUUAUAAGAGUUUUAAGGACGUCUACUCUAGAUUACAUAACUUCUUUCCCUAAAAUGCCUCCACUCCUUUAAUACAACGUUGAAAAAGGUUAAACUAAAAUAAAAUUUCAAAGUACUGAAUAUGCAGAUGCAAUAGGAUUGGUUUAUGAUGAUUUAAGAGCAAAAGUUAGUAUUGUUUAUAGUGAUAGAAGUCUCUUCAUCUGGGAUAUUUAAUAAUUUGAUUAAAUAGCAAUAAAGAGAAGCUUCUUAAACCAUUCAGGAGGCAUUAACGAUUUAUAAAUAUUAAAUAAUCCAUCUUUUUCUGAAAUAACAUUUUUUAUGACUACUUCGACUGAUAAAACUGCUAGAAUUUGGCAUGAAAUAAGUACAGAGGAUAAUUCAAAAUAGUAAGAAUAGAAUUUAAAGUUUCGCAGAAAUGUUUAUUCAAAAAAUCUUAGUCGUAUAAUUUAUUUAACAAAUGAUGUUGAAACAUUUAAGUAUAAAGAAUAACCAACAAAUUUAACAGAAGGAGAACAAGUGAAUUAGGACAUAGAGGUUUAAGAAUACCCAACCUGCAUUAAAAGCACUUAAGAUGGGUCUCAAAUAAUUUUGGCAAAUAAUAAAGGAUAAUUAAUUUUCAUGAACGUUUCAAACUUUGAAGUUUCGCACUAAUUUUAAGCUCAUGACAAAGAAAUAUCAUGCAUGGAUUUAAUAGAGACUUCAUCACAUAGAUUUUUAGCAACAGGAGGAAGAGAUAGACAAAUAAAAAUUUUUGAUCUAAAAAAUAAUAAUAAAUUGAUAUUCACUCUUGAUGAUCACAGCUCUUCAAUAGUGGCUUUAAAAUUUGCAUAAUCUUAAGAUCAUUAAACAAUUUAUUUGAUAUCAGCUGCAACUGAUAGACAAAUUAUUUUUAGAGAAUACAAAAACUAAAUCUUCGCAACUAUUCAUAGAGAAGUUGAUAAACAUAAUAAAAUUAACUCUUUAGAUAUUUCUUCUGACCAAUAAACACUUUAUGUUGGAUUUGAUAAAAAAAUAAAUUCAUUUUCAGUAUCAACAGGAAAGCCUAUCAAGUAGACUGAAACCAAAGAAGAUGAAAAAGUUUCUAAAACCUAUUUUGAUAACUUAUCUACUUUAACAGAUGUUUCUUCAUCAUAUAUAGCAUGCUUCAACUAAGAUAAAGUGAUAAGGAUUAGAGACUGCUAGACAAUGGCAGUUGUUUCAAAGGCUUUAGUAGGAGAUACUGUGACAGGUAUGGGCUUUACAAUUAACAAUAGCCAUUUAAUAACAAGCACAAGUGAAGGUUUAAUUUACAUAUGGAAAAUGAGUUCUGAUCUGAAAAAUAAUAUAGACAAAAAAAAAUAAUAGCUUGGUAUAAUAGCUAAAAAAAUAUAAGACUUCUUUAAAUAAGAAGGUUAGAAUAUGCUGUCUACAAAAGAUUUAAAUUUAGGCUCGUUCUGGAUAGAAGAAGAAAUGAGAUAAUAUAUGAUAUAGCAGUAAAAGUAAAAUCAGAAUGUACCUCUUUAAAAAGAGGAUUCGUUUGAUCCAAUAAAAAAUUUGAAACCAACUGACUUAAUGAGAAACACAAAUCUGCCAAACUGGGCAAAAACAAAACCAUCAACAAAUAAUUAGCAAUAAUAAAAACCAGUUGAUGAAGAAAAUUUACUCAAUGAUUUUAAAGAUAGAAUUAUAAUUGAUAAAAAAGUUAGUAAUUAUCCUGAUAAAAAAACCAAUAAUUUUAUUAGAGAUAGUGAGUACAUAUAAGAUAGUAUUAAUGCUAGGUUCAGCAGUUAGAUUUAGCAGCAUUAAGUAAAUUCAUAGUUUUAAAGCAAGCUCUAACAAGGUUAUGGAUUAGAUUCAAUAAAUGAAAGAGAUUUUAAUGAUAAUGAUUAUGAAGAUGAGAUAUUCUCAAAAAAUUAGGUAGCAAGUAUUAUUGGCUAUAACAACUAGAACAAUUAAUUUAAAAAUUAAGAUGGUUCACCAUAAAAUGAUAAGCAGUAAAAUCAAAUUCUAAAAAUAGAAGAUUAAUAAUUUGAUGAUGAUUAUAGCAAUUAAAAGCCCAUAUAUAUAGAUGAUAAUAAAAUUAUAGGAUUGAAAAAUGUUUCUGACUAAGGUGAUUCUGAUGGAUUUCAGUAUAACAGUGACCACCUAUCUCAAUUUUUAAAAUAAGAUUAAACCGUACCUAUAUCCUCUACUCAAGCUCAGUUGCUUAGUAAACUUGCUAAUACAAACCUAGCUUAAAUAGCAUAACAAAAUAAUGAAUUAUAAGUAGAAGAAAUCUAUAGCAAUUAAAGUUAAAAACAUUUAUCCAAUUAAAAUAGUAAUUAAUCACUUAAGAGUGAAAAAGAAGUAAAUGACAUCAAGUAUAAAAAAGAUAAUGGAAAGAUUUCUACUUUUGACGUUGAUCAUAUUUAGGGGUAGUUGUAAAAAGUUGAGCAUAAUAUAAAAUAAGCUGAGAAUAAUUUUAAAUUCAAGGAAGAUUAGAUAAAUAUAUUCUAAAGUAGUAAUCAGUAACCUGUAUCUCAUAAGCAACAAACAUUUUCAAAUAACAAUCUAAUAAAUUCAAUAAACAUAAGUGAUGACAAUUAAAUACAUUAAUUUGAAGAAGAACAUAAACAAGUAGAUGGAUUGAUAAUGCUUGAUGAUGAAGAUGAAUUGGAAGAAGAUUAAGCCACUUAAAAAAUCAAUAAAUUACAAUAUUAGGAAUAAAAAUAGGAAGUAUAUUAACUCAGUAACAAACUAAAUUAAAAUUAAGAGUUUGUUUUAUCAAAGAAGUUUGGGAAGGAUAAAGAAUCUAUGCCUAAACAACUUGGAGUAGAUCUUGAUUAAAUAUAAAUCAAGGAUCAGUCUAAACAAAAUACACUUAAAAGUGAAUAAUUAAAAUAAGAUAAUGUGAUAAAUACAGAAAAUUUACAAUAAAGCAAUAAGCAACUCUUAAUUAAAAAUGCAGCAGAAAAAAAGUUUUCAUCAAUAAACUAAUUAGUUUAAUAAAAAGAAGAAGAUGCAGAAAUCAUUUAUGAAGAAAUUGAAAAUAAUCAAAGCAGUAUUAGUAUGUAGUCAAAUUAGGUUUUAUAAAAGUAAAAGUAGCAAACUUAGCUCAAUGAAAAUAAAAAUUCUAAAGAAUCAGAAAUGAAUUAGCAUUCGAUAAAAGAAAAGAACUUAAUUGGAGAUCAAAGUGUUUCGAAAUAUUAAAAAUAAACAUAUGUACAAGAAGAACCAAGGGAUGAAUUUGAUGAGAGUUAUAUAGUUUGUAAUUCAAAGGAGUAUUAAUAAUAUCAAAACGAGUUAGAAGCCAGCUUUAAAAUUAUUCUUGAUUAGCUAAACAAAAUUGAAGAUAUUGUUGAAAAUAAAUUAGAUCACGAGCCAGUCUCAAUAAGAAAGAAAGUAUGUGAAAAGGUUCAGUUAAGAGCAAAUAAAAUAAAAGCAUCUCUAUAAAAUAUAAACUUCAAAACACAAUAGGCAAGUCAGCAAAAUAUCAGUAGUCAAUUCAAUAUUUCAUAUGCUGAUUAAGAUUUUGCAUCUUUAUAUAAAAUGAGCUAACCAAACCAACUAAACUCAAUCUUUUCAGAUGGUAAUAGCACUAAUAAGGUAGAAUAAGAAUAUAAAAAUUAAGAGAGUGAAAAUGAAUGCGAUGAAGAUUCGCAAAUUCUUGCAAACUAGGGAGAUAAAAUUAAUAAUCAAAUGGAAUUUGAAAGUGUAAGCAUUAAUUAGGAUGCCGAAGAGGAAGAAGAUGAUUCUUCAAAUGAUUAAGAAUUAAUGCCAAGAGCUCUUCCGAUUCAAAGCAACAGCGAUAUUGAUUCAGAGCAUGAAGACUAUGAAGGUCUUUAGUACCUUUUAAAUGUUAGAAGAGAAGCUAAUAAAACAAGCAAUAUUAUGGUUGCAAAAAAUGUUAAUGUAGUCUAAUCAGAAACAGAUUAAAAGUAUAUCCCAUAAAGCAUUUUGAAAGGAGAGUUUUAAGAAACAAACAAGUUAAAUUCUUGGGAAUAAGACUAGCUUAAUUAAUUUAAAAACUUUAAAAAACAUUUAGAGUAUAUUGAUGAGCAAGUACAAAAAGGAAUAAAACCAUCAGAAAUUAUUUCAAAUUAUUAUAAUGGGUUAGAAGAUGACAAGUAUAUAAAAAGUAAAAAGUGCUUUUUAGAAAAUUUCACAAACGAAGAUUUAACAAAAGUUGUGAUUCCAUCAACAUAAACUCUUUAAAAAAUCACAUACAUAAGAUUAGAGAAGAUUUUAGAGUACAUAGAUCAUGUAAUUUAUGAUAAAUUGGAAUUAGCUGAGUAGAUAUAACAGGAAAAUAAAGAAAAUUUAUUAUAAUUAUAUAAAGAAAAGCAAGUAUUUUUAAAUUAUAACUAGUAUUUAUGGAUAUAUGGAUUGAUGGGGAGAUUAGAUAAUCCUAUUUUAGCAGAUAUUAGUUGUAUCUUAAACAGAAUUCUUAAAAUGGCUGUGUUUUAAUAAAAAAAUAGUUAAUAAAAUUAGGAAGACUAUCAAAUGAUAUAGGCUAUGACAUAAAUUAUAAUUGUUAUUAUUAGGGAAUAUUAUGGUUAAAAGUAUAUUGCUAUUUGA